AUGGGGCUGCGGCUGCGGGCGCAGGUGGGAGCCGCGCCCGGCGCAGGGCUGGACGCGGCGGUGCAGGGGUACCCCUUCGAGGCCUGGGGGCUCUCGGGGCCCGAGCUGCUGGGGCUGGACGCGCGGGCCCUGGAGGCGCUGGGCGUGUGGCCCGUGGGACACCAGGAGCUGCUGCUGGAGGCCGUGGAGCAGCUCCGUAACCUGGACACAGGGCUGGCGAGUACCAGCCUGAGGACACUGACGGAGAGGCUGCAAGAGCUGGCACAGGGCAUCCAGAGCCUGGUGCAGGGGGAGCUGCCAGCAGGGGAUGCCCCCCAGCCACCUUCCCUCACCCUCCUGGCCCGAGUCAUCGACCUGGUCGGGGCUGCCAAGGAACUCUUCUCCUGGCUCAACAGGUACCUCUUCUCCACCCUCAACGACUUCUCGGCCAGCCGGGACAUCGUCCUGCUCUGUGCCCAGCUGGCAGAGACGCUGCAGGCGGUGAGUGCCCGGGGCUGGCUGCUCUCCUGCCCCCAGAGCUCUGCCAGCUGGUGUGGGGCAAAAACUGGAGUGAGGGGAGAUGGGGUGCAGGGGGUUCCCCAUAGGGUCCCUCCAUCUGGGAUGGAGCCAUCCCACCACGCUCAGGCCGAGAGGAACAGCGGGAUCCUGCAGAUUUGCCAGCACAUCGUGGGCAUCUGCCAGAGCAUCGUGGGCUGCAGCCCCCCGGCACUGCUGGAUCGCAGGGCUGUGCUGCAGCGUGUGGGGCUGGUGCUGCCCCCCGGCCCACAGGGCAGCCCCCCGAUGUCCCCCAGCACCCCAACACUGCCCCUUGGCCUGUGGCAGAGCCCCCCAACAUCCCCUGACGUGCCAACGCUGCCCCCCAGCCAAUGGAGCAGCCCCCCAGGAUCCCCUGACACCCCAACAGCACCCUCUGAUCUCCUGGGGAGCCCCCAGGCACUCCUCAGUGCCCGACUGGGCUUUGAGAUCACCUCCACCAGCUCCUGCCUGCACUUCGUGUCUGCAACCACCUCAGAGGUCUUGGCUGCCCACGGGGGCCACAUCCUGCCCGGGGAUGAGAUCGUGCAGGUCAACGAGCAGCUGGUGGUGGGCUGGACACCUGUCAACCUGGCGAGGAAGCUGCUGGAGAAGGGGAACAGAGUGACUUUGGUGCUGAAGAAGAUUCCCCUCGACCUGCCCAGCUCACCCCCCUCUCCCAGGCAGCAGCCCCCAGGAGCAUUCCUGGAUGCUGCAAAUUCCCCUGGCACCAGGAGCAGCGAGAGCCCAGGCAGCCCCGUGUCCCUGACCUCCAGCGUUGCGGCCGACUUGGACUCGGGAGCAGACUCUGCCCCGGAUCCCGUCACUGACGAGGAGCAGGAAGAGGACGAGCGGGAUCCGAGGCUGCCCGGGGCCGUCCCAGCUGAGGAGGAGCUGCCAGGACUGCCAGGACAGGGUAGGACGGGAGCAGAGGGUGUCUGGGAUGGAGCAAUUCCCCCAGAACAUGACGCUGCAGCCCUGCUCGCUGUUCAUAGGUGCUGCUGCAGAGGAGGUGUGGGACAGGCUGUGGUGCUGCCGGAGAGGCUCAGCAAACACUGCCCUGCACUGUCACUAAAAUCUCAUCUCCAUCUCCCCGCCCAGGGCAGCCCCCGCACGGGACGCAGACCAAAAGGAGUGGCGACCAGGCUGAGCCGCCGGCGGGUCUCGUGCCGGGACCUGGGCCGGGUGGACUGCGAUGGCUGGCUGCUCAAGAAGAAGGACCACGCGGCAUUCAUGGCCCAGAAGUGGAAGCGGUGCUGGCUGGUGCUCAAGGGCCACACGCUCUACUGGUACAACCACCCCAACGAUGAGAGGGCUGCAGGACUCAUCAACGUGGCCACCUACAGCCUGGAGAGCACGAGGGAGCAGAAGAAGAAAUAUGUGUUCCAGCUGUGCCACCAGACAUACAAGCCCUUCGUGUUUGCUGCUGAAACUUUGGCUGACCUGAGCAUGUGGGUCAGUCGCCUGGUCACAGCCAAAACAAAGUACACGCUGGCCCACCAGGGAGUCCCAGACAAGGAAGAAGACUGCUACAGUGAGACAGAAGCUGAGGACCCUGAUGAUGAGUCCCCCAGGCACGGAUCUGACUCGGCAAGGAAGAAGCUGCAGAACACCCCAGAGAAGGCUCAGCUCUCCCCAGCCAGCAGCCCCCAGGGCAGCCCCCGGCCCUGCUCCCCCAUGGACCCCGCUGGGGAGGAUCUGGAGAGCCUGAUGCUGUGCCUGAGGCAGGGCGGGGUGUCCCUCAUGGGGCAGCGGCGCUUCCUGACGCAGGAGCAGUGCCGAAAAUCCUUCCUGCGGCGCAACAAGAACCCGCACAUCAACGAGAGGGUGCACGCCGUGCGGGCCCUGCAGAGCACGCUCAAGGCGAAGCUGGCGGAGCUGCAGGCGCUGGAGCAGCUGCUGGGAGAGGCCACGCUCACCUCGGACACGUUCAGGCGCUGGAAGGAGGAGCACCAGGAGCUGUACCAGGAGCUGAGGGAGGGCUGGGCAGGGCAGCAAGGCCAGGGCUACGAGCACGGGGAUGCUGGAGACCAGCACAGCCCCCACCAAGAGGCAGCUGAGCCCUGA